CAGGUUUUCACCCCUCUCGUCCUCUUUCUUUACUGUGGCGGUCGUUUCCUCGAUAUCCUCGUACCUUGCUGCACUGUUGUUGGGGUGCGCACCCUCAUCUUAAUCGAUUGAUCCGCAGUCGCCACCUUGCAGCCAUUCUUCCAGACCCUUUCUAUGUGCGGUCCAAAACCUACUUGAUCACUGCCCCAGCUCCAGACAAUAGCACAGUGGCCCUUUAUUGGGGCUGCACAUCAUCCCACCAAGCCGCCUUUCCCGUCACGCCAAUUCUAAUCAUCGCCCCGCUUGGACCACCAUCCUCGAGUCCUCUUCACAUCUCGCCCAACUCCUGCUCCGGUCGCGUGAGUGACUAGCAAAAAAGCCUGUUCUGCGAAUCUGGGGUAGCCGCCAUACCUAGCCUACCACCUGACGCAUCUUCAUUCACUCACUCGUUGCCUCCGCUUUUGCCUUCUUACCUCACCCUUUCGGAUCUCUCCGCCCUAUUUCGCUUUUUCACCACUCGACACCUCGGCCAGGCACACUUUGUCCUUCCUUUCAUCUCAUCUCACCCGCUACAUCACCGCGACAAACACACUGGGUUUUCAUCACUCCUCCUUUUCUCAAUCUGACGGUCACAUCGUAUACUCUCCCAUUUCUCCUCACAUUACCGCCGACGACCACCGGCGCAAUUGGUAUCUUAACUUUACACAUCAACCUUUUCGAGCGUCUGCUUGGCUCAGGAACAGAGGCUGGCUUUAGUGAGCGCAUUGCUUUCACGGUUGAUCUUUUGACAUCACUGCUCGUUGGGGUUGUCCCUGAUGCCCUGGAAUGGUGAGUAGGACUGUCGACCAAAUCGCUAUUGUUUUGACUUUCUAUCUCAAAGGCUGUCCAGCUUCGUGACAUUGAAGGUGGACUAAGCCAAGAUGAGCCAAAACCCAGCAAAGUCGAGCCUUCCGACUCGUAGUCCCAUGCCAGCCUUUGGGACAUUCAACGCUCAUCAGGCGCCCGCAUCUCUCUUGCUCGAGAAGUCGAACCCUGGUCUGCGUAGAUCUACUCCUGAUUCGGAAGCCCUCGCUUCUUCUGAUGAUGAAGUCGAGCAUCCCAAACCCACCGCCUCGUCCAACGUCAAAACCGCUAGACCCGCUCGUCGAACUUCUUGGUUGACUGACACAUCCUCAUACAACCCAAACCGAAAGCCGUCAAUCACGGGGCCAUACAGUCCAUCCGGCUCACACCCUGGAACCCCAGGAUCUGAAAUUUCUCCAUGGACUAACCUCAAUGCCUCAAAUCCCCCAGGCUGGCCAAAUCCAGCUCUGCCAACGCCAUACACUGCAUGGAACAUCUGGGGCCAAGAUUCUCGGAAAGAUCCACCGUUAAGGCUCCAAGAGGUUUUGCCCUCGAAUGGCGACAAUGGCAUCCCAUUCACGAUUCCCUUGCAGCCCACCCCCAAGACCUACCGAUCACAAUCUUAUUCAGUUGGACAGCUUGACACCACCAACGCACCCAAUCCGGCCAACCCCUUGUCGACCUCGACAGAAGCCACGCGGACAAGACUUGCAGGCCAAAAUCCCGCACUCACUCGGCGCAUCUCGCGGACAAGUGGUCUAGCAGGGAAUGACCCGCUGGGCUUGGGUCGUUUGCGAGAAGAUGAGAAUGAGGAAGAUGCCAGAGCCUCGUCAUCUUCCAUUGCUCAGGAUCAAGCUCGGAUGAUAGAGAUGCUAGAAAAGGAAAAUGCCAAGCUCAGGCACGCUGCGCAACGCGAGAGGACUUCAUCCGCAACAGUCCCAGGUCAGGCCGUGGGAUUUCGCCAGUCCAGACUUCAAGGACCCUUGUUAGAAGAGACUGAAGAUGCAAUUGAUGACCCAGAUGACUUUUCCAGACUUAGCGGAUACAGCCGUGAGGGUGUUUCUCGACGCAUGAGCGAAAAUAUCGGUCACUUCGCCGAGAGACCAUCUGGAUCAUCCCUCGAGAAUCGCCAACUAGAUGGAGCGAGAAGAGCACAAUGGCAAACUUCGCUAGGAUUUGGACCCAUCCCGGAAGCUCCUCAAAGCCGCCGUCAUUCGUUUGCGGAUGUUCCAACCCGACAUGGAUCAUUCAGCUCGACUGGACGCGAGGAUGAUGCGACAACAUAUGAAAGUGGUUCCCAGGAGAUUUCCCAAGGUGAUGACCCAGCUUACUUCAACGCCACCGAAUCCACCCGUCGAGCCGCGGACGCCCGAGUUCAUCAAGCACAUCCUGAGCCACAAUCAUUCACACAACAGCUGGGUGUCGGCGCUUUUCUUGAGCCCACCAGCCAGCCUCUCUUCAUCGUGAACUUCAAAUGCUGCCGAUCUGAUGUCUUCUACAUCCAGGAGGGAACUGGUCUUCAUGUCAAUGUGGGAGACUUAGUCAUUGUUGAAGCAGAUCGCGGCACCGAUCUAGGCACAGUUCAACAUACUAAUGUCAACUGGGAGGAUGCCAGACGAUACAAGGAGUAUUAUGCCGAGGAGCAUUACAAGUGGCUGAUGAUGUUUUCUCUACAAAGCCGCAGCGGUGGGCCUAACGUGGUCAACCCAAAUGGCAUGCCUGGCCGUCCCGGUAGUGCUGUCGGCGGCAUGGGUCCCCAGGGACAUCAAGGACCUCAUGACAGUGCUCAUCCCGAUUUGAAGCCCAAGAUGAUCAAGCGCCUUGCCCAGAACCAUGAGAUCCAGUCCUUGAAAGAUAAGGAGGGCAAUGAGGCAAAGGCCAAACGUGUUUGCCAGCAAAAGGUCGUGGACCAUCGGUUGAACAUGGAAAUUCUCGAUGCCGAAUUCCAGAUGGAUAGCAAAAAGCUCACAUUCUAUUACUUUGCUGAUAAUUACAUCAACUUCAAUCACCUCGUGACCGACCUAUUCAAGAUAUACAAGACUAGGAUAUGGAUGUCGGCCAUCAACCCAGCCUCGUUCCAGACUCCCACGGCGUCUCUUGGCCUUACUCCAGCGUAUGGAACACCAUCCAACGACGAACGACAUCGAAGACGGCAACCCCAACCACAGCCACCACAGCAUCAUCAAUCCCAGCAACCGCAACAUGGACAUGUGCACGGUCAACAGCCUGUCACAACCCCGUUUGGGGAUACCUUUGAUGCCGAUCGGACCUUCAACGGGCAAUCUCAAGGAAUGAGAUCACCAUAUUUUGGCCAGUUCAACGACAUGGGCGGCGGACAUCAGCCACUCCAACCUGGAGUAACUUCGUUUGCGCCAGGUAUGACGAGUCAGAUGGACCCGUACCUUUCUUACUACAACCAACCAUACCCAGCCUUGAACCCAAACGCUCCCAACUUUGCCACUAAUCGACAUGAUUACCGCGGAAGAGGCACCAACCAAGGUGGCGACGUUAAUUGGAUGGGUCGCUUCCAAGGUCUCUCACUUGGCUCCUAGCCAUCUUUUCUUUUCUCUCUUUCCAACACAGUUCUCUACCUUCUUCCAAGUAAUCUCUCUUUCAGGACAAACUCAUCACCGCCACUUCUGAAGUGACGCAGACCACCAUUGUAGAAAUCCUUUACACAUUUUACACGGCCAAGAAACUUUACAUGCAUCGCAUUCAGAACUAGAAUUUGGGCAGAGGGCAAGACACGAACCAAAAAAGAAACGACACAGAAACAUAUUACAUGGGUUGUGAUGAGUUUGGCUUUCUGCCUAUCACGCGGAUGGGGAACUUUCGUUUACAACCGACUCAAGGUUGCAUACUUGGGAGUCAUUUCAUGUUGAAGGUCAUGGGUCAGGUGAAAUUGGAAACCUUGAGGUCAAUUAGUUGUUGCUUGCAGGGACAGAAGACAUCGAACACAUCCAGACUGAGGGAAUGCUCUUGGGAAUUGCAGGCCGAUUUUCAUAGCUUGGACACAGCGGACCGGACAGUUUUAGAAUGGUACCAAAGAGAGAGAGGAUGCGCGUUCCUUUACGAUAUUUGCUUGCUUGUCUUGUGCUUGGGGAGCUAAGACUCAAGCAUGACGUUCUUUCUGCUGUACAAUAAUUGCAAUCAAAUGCCAACAGAGAUGAGAUGACCC